AUGAAGCACGAGGAGCUCGAAUCUCUCGCGAGCAAUCUCUCUGGAGACUUCCGCACCAUUGAACCCCGUCUGCGAGACCUUGAUAAGCACCUGACGCUCAGAACUUACUUGGAGCGGUAUGCCUUGGGAGAUGUUGACAAGAAGAUUUGGCAGUCUCUGCGCGAAAACAAGGUUGCUAUUGGGUUUAUCCGACGAAACGGACUGCCUAACUUGACUAGAUGGUUCACCUUUGUUGAGCAGACUCACCCUGAGCUUCAAGAAGAUGCUUCCAAGAGCAAGACCAUUGCGAACAAGGGUGGCGCCAACUACAAUCUGGCCCUUCAAGAUGCCGAAAAGGGCGUCGUGACUCGAUUCCUUCCCGAGCCUUCAGGCUAUUUACACAUUGGACAUGCCAAGGCAGCUCUUCUCAGCGACUACUUCGGCCACGUCGCCUACAAGGGUCAGAUGCGUCUCCGACUCGACGACACCAACCCUGCCAAAGAGAGUGAGGAGUUCCAGGAUGCUAUCGUUGAGGAUCUUUCUCUCAUGGGAAUCAAGCCCGACGCUCUGACAUAUACCUCCGACUACUUCGAGUACCUGUACGAGACGUGCAAGAAGCUCAUCUCUAUGGGCAAAGCCUACGCGGAUGAUACCGAUCAGGAGACCAUGAGAGCCCAGCGAAUGAACGGUAUCCCCUCGAAACGUCGCGAUCGAUCCGUCGAGGAGAACCUGCGCAUAUUCGAGGAGAUGAAGAAGGCCUCCGGGGAAGGCCUGGCUCACUGCAUUCGCGCCAAGAUCUCAGCUGAUGACCCCAACAAGGCCAUGCGGGACCCCGUCAUUUACCGAUGCAACAUCGAGAAUGCCCACCAUCGAACCGGGCGCAAGUGGAACAUCUACCCCAUGUAUGAUCUUGCAUGUCCCGUCGUCGAUAGCUACGAGGGCGUCACCCACGCUCUGCGAUCUACAGAGUACACUGAUCGCAAUCCCCAGUACCAGUGGUUCCUGGAUACGUUGGGCCUGCGACAGGUUCACAUGUGGGACUUUUCGCGAAUCAAUUUCAUCAAGACGUUCCUGUCCAAGCGCAAGCUGGCCAAGCUCGUCGACACUGGCAAGGUCUGGGGCUGGGAUGAUCCCAGAAUGCCCACGAUCCGCGGCGUUCGUCGUCGUGGCAUGACCGUUGCUGCCCUGCGGGACUUCAUCAUCCGCCAAGGCCCCAGCCGUAACGUCGUAACCAUGGACUGGACCAGCUUCUGGGCGGCAAACAAGAAGGAGAUUGACCCUGUCGUUGCUCGCCACACUGCCCUCCUCCGAGCCAACACAGUCAAGGUGAAGCUCACCGGUGCCGAGGUUCCCUCGGGCGUCGUCACUGAAAAGCGACCCAAGCACCCCAAGAACCCCGACGUGGGCAUGAAGGAUGUUGUGUACUCCCCUGAGAUAUACCUUGACCAGGAAGACGCCAAGAGCUUCAAGCCAGGCGAGGAGAUUACGCUCAUGGGCUGGGGCAACGCUUUUGUCCGCGAGACACCUUCCGAGGACCCCAUCAAGACCAUGACCAUGGAGCUCAACCUCAAGGGUGACUUCAAGGCCACUGACAAGAAGAUUACCUGGCUCUCUGCGGAGGGUCUUGAGCCGGUGCUCGCCGAGCUGUGGGACUUUGACUACCUCAUCACCAAGGACAAGCUCGAGGAGGACGACAACGUCGAGGACUUCCUGAACCCCGACACCUUCAGCCUUGUAGAUGCCAUCUGCGACGGUGGCGUCGGAAAGUUGAAGAAGGACGACAUCAUUCAGCUUGAGCGACGCGGCUUCUACAGAGUAGACAAGGGUCUGGAUGACUGGGCUCCCGGCGAGGCUGGUCUCAAGGGCAAGAGGGUUGUGUUGUUCUACAUCCCUACGGGUAAGACGGGAAGCAAGUAA